AUGGAGAACUACGACAACGAUACCGAUAUGUCGUUUUACGGCAACAGUGCCGAUGGACAGCGCUAUGACCCCACUUACAACUAUGGGGAGAGCUCCGCCGCAGCGGGGGGCUCUUCUUUUGCUUUCGAUGAUUUCUCGUAUAUGACCGGGGAGGCUAGCAAUGUGAUGGAUCCGUACAGCCAACAACAGCAAUCUUCGUUCGGCGCUGCUAGUGGUGGUACUGCUUCCAAAUCAACCAAGACCGCUGCGAGUAUAAACAAGAGCAAAGGAAGGGCUAUUGUCUCCGAGGAAGAGAAAGAAGCCAGAAAGAAAGCACGAUACGAAACGUCAUUGGACAGGAGCCCUGAAGCUCGAAAACAAAGGAGAAAAACGAAUGUUGCGAGAUACAACGCAAAGAAGGCCACAUCCGAAAAAACGAGACUGACAACCCUCGAAUCGGCCGUGCGUGAUGCCGAGGCAAGAUUCAACAAUACGGAGGCAGAAAGGCAGCAUUUACUCACAUUGUAUGCCCAGGUUCAAGAGGAAAACACGAGAUUGAAGAGCGAAGCCGAAUAUUUCACCGAGGACAUGCCCUGGGCUGAUGUCGAAUUUGGACAGGAAGACCUGGAAGAAAUGGGUGGGCUAUUAUGA